UGAUUGGUCGCCACGUUGCUCCUCCCAUUCAAGUUUUUCGGGAAUCCCCAACUCGACCCCCAUCCUCCAACGUGUUCGCUCGUCGUCCAUAAUAUUGUGAAUUGCAGCUGACUGCGUUGAAUCACACUUGACGGCUGACUCACAUCCUCCACGCCGGAUUGAGGGGUCUGAGCCUCGGGACCUGACUACUGCACAUUAUGGAUGUUGUGGAGGACGAGGUCUUGAGUCUUCCCUUGCGCCAGGACUCAUUCCAGGCCUUUUGGGAGAGUGUACCGGCAACCCUUCAUGAAUGCCUUGACCCCUCUCCUGGUAGCUGGUUUGACCUCAUGCCAGACUCAUCCAUCAAUGUGGAGGACCUCUUCCCAGACCCCCCUGCCGCGCCCGACGCUCCCCUCACGCACGCGGCCCCCACCGUGCCCACCACCUCUGAUUAUGCCGGAGAGUACGGCUUUCACAUCCGCUUCCAGAACUCUGGAACGGCGAAAUCUGUUACCUCCACUUACUCGGUCUCGCUGAACAAGCUGUUCUGCCAGCUCGCCAAGACGUGCCCGGUGGAGGUCCUGGUGGACGGGGCCCCUCCCCCGGGGGCCAUCCUGAGGGCCACGGCCGUCUACAAAAAGACGGAGCAUGUGGCGGAUGUGGUGCGGCGGUGCCCCCACCACCUGAAGGAGGACGUGGUGGAACAUCGCAGUCACCUGAUCCGCGUGGAGGGGAGCCAGCGGGCCCAGUACAUGGAGGACCCCAACACCAAGCGGCAGAGUGUGACCCUGCCCUACGAGGCCCCCCAGCUGGGCUCUGGGCACACGACGCUCCUGCUGAACUUCAUGUGCAACAGCUCCUGCAUGGGAGGGAUGAACCGGAGAGCCAUCCUGACCAUCCUGACCCUGGAGUCCUCUGAGGGGCAUGUUCUCGGGCGGCGUUGCUUCGAGGUGCGCGUCUGCGCCUGUCCCGGGCGCGACCGCAAGACGGAGGAGGGCAACGUGGAGAAAAAGACGGAGGGAUCCAAGCCCACCAAAAAAAGAAAGAGCCCCCCCACUCCGGCCGCCGCGGCCCCGCCCAAGAGGGUCCUGUCCGCCUCCAGCGCUGAAGAGGAGGAUAAGGAGGUGUUUGUGCUACAGGUCGUCGGCCGUAAGAGAUACGAGGUCCUGAAGCAGAUCAACGAUGCACUAGCGCUGCAGGAGAGGAUGAAAGUGAAGCAGGAGGUCCACGGGGGCCCGUCACGGGGAAAGAGACGGCUGGGGGACCGGACAGACGAGGGGACCGACUGAGGGCCCCAGAGUGUUCUUUAAAGAAAUGAGUACGUCCAACAUAACACUGCCACAGCGAACCCCGUUAUUUUCUACACUUUUCUUUUGUCAUUCCUAUUUUUUUUUUUUUUCAUAGCUUAUUUUUCAGCAUAUAGUUUUAUAUACAAUGUAUUUUAUUUUUCAUGUAUUUUUUCUGUCUUGAUACUAAUUCUUUUUUUAUUUCGUUUUUAUAAGAGGCCAUAAUAAAAAA